AUGCAAUCGUUACGUUCUUUACUCAAGCCCCGUUCUGAAGAUAAGGUUGAAAAGGUCAAUCCCCAGGUGAAGUUGGACACCGUUUUUAGCUUCAAAAACUUGGGGUCAGACCAUCAAAAGAUGUUGGCAGAAAUGGAAAGGAUACUGGAGAUCGAGGCAUGCUCAUUUCUGGUCAAUUGCCUCAAGAUAAACGGCGAAUAUCACCAAGUGAGUGAGCUUCAGCUUAUCAGUUCAGAUUUCAACAGCCCUGAACGAAAGGUACAUAUAGAAAAUGCCCGCUUGGCUAAUGGCGUCACCACAUUCGGAUCGGGCCCGGAUCCUACUAUUCCCAGGGUUCUAUUUGAGGUUUGUCGGACAUUUAUCACUUACGAUUGGUCCAGACAUGAGUUGCCAAUGCCAGCCCUAGCUACUUGUUUUUUCACAACCGGAAUCAGAAAACAAUACAUUCCUGGUCCCAAAUUCCCUAUGUCUCAUCGGCUCAGGGGAUUUGGCUCCGAAAUGAACAUGGAAUCAGUGAGUGCGAUUGACGAAGAUAUGUCAAUCAAGCUUCGGGCGGAAUUUAGACCUGUUCCUCACUUUAGACAAGAUUUGUGUCAUCGUAUAGUGCUACCGGGAAUGCGUGUAUCGGACUUUUUAUCCUUGGACUUUCGAGCUACGGGAUCGGUUGAGCUCGACGACAGCUUCGAGGAGCCGUUCAUUAUAACUGACAUUCGAAUCGAGUUACAGGAGUUCACGAGUACACAUAAUCAUGAGGAGGUUUUCCAAGAUGUCCGGACAAAAAUGCUUCUCGAGGGUAAGCCGUUUGAGUCAAUCAUGCUUUCAAAAAGGCCGCUGAGAAUUCUGGCAAAGAUGUACUCGUGUGAAUUGCCUAUGGUAGGUCCGACUUUCUUCACAAAUGAUCUCACUAGAAGCUAUGGCUUGAAAGCAACUUUCAAGCUCAGCCACGAUAAAAUUGGAAAAGUCACUUCCACGGCAUUUGUCGAAUUGAACAUGGCUCAAGAAAAGUCUGAACGUAUAAGAGACGAGGAUUAUGAGCUCUCUAGGUACUAUGAAGACACCGACUUAAGUUGGGAUUGGCCAUUUACUGGGGUUCCAUCAAGUAAGAGGGAUACUCAACGUUUACUUGCAUCAUACAGUCAGACCUUGGCUUAUUAUAAGACACACUUGAAGCGUUAUAUGCUUCUGUCAUACUCAAAGGGUAGAAAUACGGGCAUGCUUUUCAUAGUGCGGCUUGACAGAGGUGCUCCGCUCAUUCCGAACUCGGCUUUGGUGAGUUAUGUUAAAUCUUGCUUGAACUACUCGCUUUCUAUUUGGAGGAAUCAAGUUAAGGCCAGUGUAGUAUCGACGGUUACGGAACUGCCCGUUCCUGGUGGUGAUGCAUCCAAUUCAGGAAAGCCAUUCGCAUCCAACUGCUUGAUGGUAGGCGGUCAAGUUGUGCAAUCUCUCUCGACGUGCUGUUUGGCGCGAUUUAAGAGAGUACCAAGGGAUUGUGUUUUUGCGUUAGGCGGCUCGGAUAUUCCAGUUUCUCUUUGUAUCUCAGUCAUGGAGAGUCAAAGAUUUUCUCAAGCCAAAGAGUGGACGUUGGCGACGAUAGUGAAACCCGGAAUGAAGCUAUCGGAAUUCAUGGAAAUAAGCUUCACUGUUGCUCAAAGUUAUGACGAAGCGAGUCAUGAUAUGCCGAUAGACGAUAUGAAAAUCCUGAUAGAAUGGAUUGAGAUGACGCUCCUGGAGGAAAAGCAUUCUUUGGAGAAGGAGAAGACAAUCUUGUUGAGCUACAAAAGUGAGAAGUUUCCCUUGAUUCGGUGGGAUGGUUUUAAGGAAAGUGUCGAUGGCAGUCCAAAUGCUCGGAGAUUUCGGUUACCUCGAGAAAUUAUUGUCGGUGAAAUUCCCCUUGAUGUCAAAUCUUCGCUCACCGAGGAUGAGCCUCAAAGGUUAAGAAAGUUGAUGUCUCGUGUAUCCUUACGAUCAGGAGGGCAGACUUUCUGCUACCAGUGGGAAUACCGGCUCUAUGUGGUUUGA